AUGGCUGCCCCAAGACCGACUUCAAAAUUACCUCCAGGUGCCAAUCGUAUACUCUUCGUCAAAAACCUUAACUACCAGAUUACUGGGGAAGAUUUGUACGACCUCUUUGGACGGUAUGGCAGCAUCAGGCAGAUACGCAUAGGGGAUGAGCAGAAGACGAAAGGAACUGCCUUUGUGGUAUUUGAUGAUGUUAUGGAUGCCAAAAAUGCUCUUGAACAUCUGAAUGGUUUCCAUCUGCAAGAGCGAUAUAUUGUUGUUUUGUAUCACAUGCCAGCGAAGCAGGACGCUGCUGCUGCUAAAGCCGAUCUAGCCCGAAGAGAGGAAGAGCUAGCACAGUUGAAGAAGAAGCAUAAUAUUGUGGAUGAUUGA